UAUACCUGCUGAAACAACGUAGCAAAUUUGUAAGAUGUGUCAUACGUAUGACCAGCAGUGUGACCUUUGUGUUACAGUGCCUCAGGACACUGACCUCAAUGUCGCCUGCAAACAAGGGGACCUACAGCGAGUCAGAGACAUCCUGGACCAGAGUCUGGAAGACAAGGACAAACAGGGGAAAGACGGCAUGACACCGGUGUUGUGGGCAGCAAGACGGGGACACAGGGAAAUCCUUGACCUGCUUGUGAAGUACGGAGCUGACCUGAAACUUGUGGAUAUUGUCAGUAACAACAUCCUUCACUGGGCGUGUCGUGGAGGGAAUGUUUCAAUGGUGAAACACAUCAUCUCAAUGAACGCGGUGAACAUCAACACUAGAGGGCGGGAUGGGAGAACCCCAUUGAUGUACGUUGCUCGUAACGGGGAAAAUAAAAUAUUUCAGUUACUUGUUAGUAAAGGGGGUCUUCCGUCAGAUGUAGACAAUGAUGGAAACGACAUCCUUGAACUCGCCUGUUGGGGUGGAAGUGUGAAGAUGGUGGAGUACAUCCUCAAACAUAAAGCAUUAGACAUCAAUGGUAGAGGACAGUCCGGGAGGACUCCAGCGUACAAAGGACAUGGAGAGGUACUUGACUUACUUGAGAGAAGCGGAGCUGAUCUAAAUGCAGCUGAUGAUGCUGGUGACAACGUUCUCCAUUCAGCCUGUCUGGGAGGACAUGUGGAUAUUGUGAGCCGUGUCCUCAAGCUGAACAAGGUGGACAUAAACAGUCGCGGUAAGAGCAGUAGGACACCACUGAUGAUGGCAGCAAGGAAUGGGGAUAAAGAAAUAUUUGACUUACUUAUUAAUAAAGGAGUUGAUACAAGACCAGAAGAUGAUGACAGUAACAACAUCCUUCAUCUUGCUUCUGAGGGAGGGAAUCUUGAUAUAGUGAAGUAUGUCCUCUCUCUGAAGAUUGUGGACAUCAACGCCAGGAACAAACAUCAGGAAACACCAACCAUGAUGGCGACAAGGGGUAGUGAGGUGUGCGACCUGCUUGUAUUCUAUGGUGGUCUCAGUGAGUAAGUGAAGGGUAGAUGGAGUGAGUUAUAACUGAACGUCACAUGGACAAUAUCCCAUGCAUAUUGGAACAAAAACGCUACAUGAUAAUAAUAAGUAUAUUAAGCUUAUAUAGAACGUCUGUCGUCGAAGGAAAAGAGUAAGGUUACCACAUAUUAUAUUUAAAACUAGUUUGAGACCCAUAUAUGUUAGAUUUGGGACUGCGCUUUCUCAGUAAAGUACAGAUUGGAACCCCCUCCCUCAUAGUAAGGAACCUAAUCGCACACACAGUGGGUGAUCUAACCCAGUCAGCCACUGUGGAGCCAUUGUGGAUUUUGCCCACUCUCUGAAAAAGGCAUUGGGUAUUCAUUGUCCAAGAUAAUUUUAAAUGAAUAUAUUAAUAUUCCAUAAACACAUCAAAUAAAUGGGACUAUAGUUCACCAGCAACCAAAAAUAGCCCAACAUAAUGGAACAUACGUACUAUAUUUCUGCUUUCUGCGCGGUUCCCAGUCAGAUUUACACCAUCCCUCUAGCCGCUGGUGAUUGUACACAAUUUCAGACAUAUGAGUUCCAAUAUCUAUUACACAAUGUCAAAAUUCAUCAAGUUCAUUAAUCCAACGAAUAAAUGAGAACUACCUUGGUUCAUAUGAUCCUAUAUGGAUGAAACCCUGAACUAGUUAUCCCUUGUGAUAGAUAAAUCAAUACAGUGAAGCAGGACGUACAUCAGCGUAAGACAUUCGUUCAUCACGUGGGAUACGGAACGGAGGAUCUUCAUCUUUCAAUAAAUAUUCAUCAGUAUAUGGUAAAUGACUAAUACGAGAUCGUUGUUGUUUAAAAGCCUUAAGACGGGAUGUCUGAAAAAAAAUGAAUAAUAUUCCAUCUGUU